GAGUCUAAAUGCAGUACCAGCUGGUUACGCAGCAUCAGCUGCUUACUAGAGCUUUUAAAGAUAGACUCUCCGCAUAUUCACCCACUGAACACCUGGGCGGCUCUUCACUAGCGUCUACCGGAACUGUUUUUCAGCUGUACUGAAAUCUGACCGGAACAGUUAAAGAGAGCACAGGAAUCGCGUUCUCGGCGGGGUCUACUGAGAAACAUGCCGAAGUUUUACUGUGACUACUGUGAUACCUACCUUACACAUGAUUCACCAUCAGUGAGAAAAACUCACUGCAGUGGGCGAAAACAUAAAGAAAAUGUUAAAGAUUACUACCAGAAAUGGAUGGAGGAGCAGGCUCAGAGCUUGAUCGACAAAACAACGGCUGCGUUUCAGCAGGGAAAAAUUCCUCCCACUCCUUUCCCAGGUGGUCCCCCGCCAGCUGGACCUCCACGUCCCGGCAUGCUGCCAACACCACCCAUGGGGGGCCCCCCAAUGAUGCCCAUGAUGGGGCCUCCACCCCCUGGGAUGAUGCCUGGAGACAUUAGGCCACCAAUGGGAGGACCCAUGCAGAUGAUGCCAGGACCGCCCCACAUGAUGCGUCAUCCUCGUCCAAUGAUGAUGCCAAUCAGGAUGGGCAUGGUGCGCCCGGAUAGAUAAGGCCCAGUGGACUCUGUGUACCCUCGGUUACCUUUACCUGGUCCCGUUAGAGAAGACGCUUGGGUUUUUCAGUGCGGUUUUUCUUUUUUAAUCUCGACGACAAGAAUCCUGUGAUAGUCAUUUCUGAAUGAUUAUUUUCUGGUAUUUAUUACUAUUCACUGCAGACUCGGAUGAUUUUUUUUGUUUUAGUAAAACGACAUUCUCAGAUUUUAGUGUCAAAAACAAAUAUUUCAGCCCACAUGUUUGAUCUGAGGAUGUUUGCUGGAUUUAGUUAGAAUUUUUUUUUGUAUGUCACAUUGUUGAAUUGGCAAAUAAAAUCCUUUGAAACAAA